UCAUCUUCUUCACUAAAUCAUAUAAACUACUUUUUCAAUAUCACACCAACCUAAAAAAAAAAACUUUUCUUUCCAAAUCUUUAUUCUCAAGAGACAUUUUUAAUCAUGUCGGACUUAAACGGUGCGUAUUACGGACCAUCGAUUCCUCCGCCGAAGAAAGUCUCACACAGCCACGGCAGACGCGGCGGCAGUUGCGGAUGCGGUUGUUUAGGUGACUGUCUUGGCUGCUGCGGCUGCUGUAUCUUGAGCGUCAUCUUCAACAUCCUCAUAGCCAUAGCAGUCUUGUUAGGCAUAGCUGCUUUGAUCAUCUGGCUCAUAUUCAGACCCAACGGUAUCAAGUUCCACGUCACCGAUGCUAAGCUAACCGAGUUCACACUCGACCCAGCCACAAACAACAUCCGUUACAAUCUCGACCUCAACUUCACCAUCCGUAACCCUAACCGACGGAUCGGUGUUUACUAUGACCAGAUCGAGGUCAGAGGACUCUACGGUGAUCAGCGGUUUGGGUCCAGUAACAUCUCGCCGUUUUACCAGGGGCAUAAGAACACGACGGUGGUUGGAACUAAACUCGGAGGACAGCAGCUUGUGGUGCUUGACGGCGAAGAGAGGAAGGAUCUUGAUGAGGAUGUGGUUUCAAAGAUCUAUAGGAUCGAUACAAAGCUUAGACUUAGGGUUAGGUUUAAGUUUGGGUUGAUCAAGUCUUGGAAGUUCAAGCCCAACAUCGAGUGCGAACUCAAGGUUCCUCUAAGUAACGCUAAUACGACCAGCGGGUUUCAGUUUCAGAGGACCAAGUGUGAUGUUGACUUUUGAUGCUAGUCAAAAGUCAAUGCUUUUAUAGUCUUCGAUUUCAUCAUAUUACACUUUUAUAUUUAUUUGAUUCUUAUUUUUGAGGUUUAGAUUGUGUUUUGCUUCAUUAUUUAUUUGUGAUACAUGGGACUUUUCUGUUAUAUCGUUCGAGAGGUAUAUAUUUGUCUUAUGUAAUCUUUUAUUGUAUUGUUCCAUGUGAAUAAAUAAAAUACUUUUGAUAUUACAUUU